AUGGACGCUUUUCUCACUGGCGUCGGGGAUUGCAAUAACAGCCAACUAUGCAAUGCGCCAGUCAUCGCGACUGCUCAAAAUGAGCUGCUCUCUUUGCAACAACGCCUAGAAAGCAAGAUACAGGUCAUUUCCCCAUCUAUCGACAUGAUCGAGUUGAUUGCCGCUCGAGGCAAUACGUCAUUGGAAUCUGCUGUCGCCCUCACCAAGUCCCUCAGAUGGGAUAUUCAAGCAUUGGGGCAGCGGUUGUCAAGAGCUGCAUCCACUGAAGAACUAAGGCGCAAAGGGGCGAAGUCGUCCCAGGAUCAGACGAGCAGCGAGAGAGAAAUCAGGCUUAUUAUCAAGGACAUAAAGAAGUUGCUGGCUCGGAUUGAAGACGCAGUUCCGCUGAUGAAUCUGGCCAUCACCACGUCUGGGGCCAAACUGUCCACCAAUUUGCCCGCAACCGUGUCUCCGUCCCGGCUCCUCCAAGCGAGCACAUUCCUCACAGCAGGUGAUACGCAAUACUCGAUAUCGCCGUCCCAAGCAGUCCAAAUAGGGCCGACGUUUACUUUAUCAAUGUACAUGCUAUUUGCGAGCCACUUGCGACCUCAUGACGAAGCCUCUAUGCGCGAGGCAACGUGGAAGGAAGUAAUGCACAAGGCGCGCCUGAAGCUACGGCGUGUUCCAAUAAUCGCAUUGCAACCUCCAGACCAGCGCCCUCGAAAAGGACUUCCGGGGACAGCUGGGGCUGACGAAUACGCCUACCAAGUCCUUAUUGUCGAAGAUCUAGACGACGGCCGCGUCCACACAGUUGACGAUAAUGAUCAGCAGCCUCAACACUAUGAAGGUAUUGCCUCGGCAGGGAUCCGGGAAAUUCUGCCAAUCCAUCAAAUUUCCAAAAUCUUCUACGCCGACACUGGGAAAAUUCUCAAUAUCAGCACAGAGGGCGAGACGAACAAUCCAGUGCUGCUAUUGAAACGUGACCCGAAUGCUCUACCGCCACGGCGUAUGAUGGAACGUGACGAGAUGGAGGGCUUUCCUCAACCAGACCCCCAGGAACCAGAAGACGACGAGCAAGCUCAACUCGACGCACAACUGAAUGGGGAUAGUACAUCGCACAUCGAGAGCUUCCAUUCUUUACAUGAAGACUCAAUACCCGAACAAUGGCGUCUACCUCCCGGACUAGACCCAGAAUGGAUCGCAUUCGAAGUCUACAACGAAGACGAAACCUCCGACACCGAGUCCGAAACCGAAAACCCCGAUCCUUCCACCAGUGAACCCUCAAUCGCCCCCGAUAUGAUGUCCAAGCUAUCAAUCAACGAGAAAGCGCACUCAUCGCCCUCUCCGUCUCCCCAACAUAAACCAUUCUCAUCUACCGCCACAGCAACAGUCUCCAACCCCCACUUCGAAAACAUCCGCACCUCCCUCUCCCUCCUUGAAACCCUCCUCCGCCUAACAUCCCUCCAACAAUUCCAGCAACAAUCCCACCUUUCCAUCAGCGACGAGCUACUCAACUUCUUCCUGGAAGAAUCCUCCUCCACCGGCGCUGGUGGCGACGAACAACACCGCCAGCGUCUCCGUUCCGACGCCCGUCGCCGCGUCGGCUGGGAUCCCUACAAUGAGAGCCCUGUUAAACACCGCGGCGAGGACUACCAGUAUGGCUGGGAGCCCGGUAGUACUCCCCAGCACUACGGUGGCGAUCCUUACUCGCCGACUUGGAGGCCGCAGGGCUUCCACAUCCGUUCUAGGGAGAGUACACCUGAGACUCCGCUGCGCGAUGGCUCGCCGAGUGUUCGUCCAAGCGGUGUGAGCGGCAUGGGGCGUGUUUAUACUGAGUCGCCGCUUUCGAGGAAGAUGGGGAAGUCUCCUAAUGAGCGGAACUUAGGAUCUGGGUCGGCGGAGUGA